GCAUCAUACAGCACAUCCUCCGCAGCAUCUCCGCAGCGCCUCCGCAGCGCCUCUGCAGCGCCGUAUCCUUAGUGUAACUCCGGGUGCACUCCGACCUCGCACAAAUCAUCUGCAUCACGACCGGACCCUGACCACAGCUGGGGGUUGCGGUGCUCCACUCGCUCAGCCCCAGACCAGCUCCAGACCAGCUCCAGACCAGCUCCAUGAUCUCGCAGCAGUAUGGAGAACAGUAGGGCCAGCGGCACGUAUGCCACCCGGAUCUCGAGCCCUCCAACAUCGCAGCAGCAUUACGAAACCUUUCCUCAGAAGCGCAACUCAUACCGUCGGCCAGUGGACGCGCGACCGCAGCCCCAGGAUCCCACCAUGGCCACCGUCGUUCCCAGCAACACCGCCAGGCCAGUCGCCCCUCCAGCUGCGAACGGCGUCCCUCGCGGCUCCUCUCACAGACGACGACAGAGCCAACGGGUUCCACCAACGACGGGUGCACUGGCUGAACCGAUGCCUGCUGCGCCAGACGUCCCUCGCGCACCACCGACGUCUUACAAGGACCCAUAUGCGCAAAAGCUGGCCUCCAAGGGCCCUUCACGCUCCUCGCGCGACCCCCCCAUCCAAGUCAACGCCAGCAGACAGCAACCUACCAUCCAGACAGCUGCUGGCAGACUGUACGAGCUGCGGUCGCCGCCAUACGCGCCAGUCGAGCCGCUCUCUGGAUCCGUCGAACGUCGCAAUUCCCAGCGGAAGCCCUCUGUCCCCGAUCGGUCGCCUCUCCAGAAGCUCGAGGGCAAGCUCGAUGAUAUCAGCAAAGAGGAGAGACGCGCACGGAUCCUCGAGGCGGAGCUGGCAGUGCAGGAACGAGUCGAGGCCGAGAUGCGUGCUCGCCGGGCACGCGAGGCCGCUGAGAAAGAGAAGCGGGUCGUAUCACAGCCUGUGCCAACCCACGAAAUGGUCCCUGACACAACCCAGCGCACAGGAAACAACAAGCGCCACGUUUCUGCGCCACUCACUAGCAACCCCCGAUCCCCCGACAUCAGCGACUUGGCAUCAGAGGAUGGCUAUGCCUACGACUUGACGGAACCCUGGGACCCGUCCGCGGCUCAAGCAGUUGCAGUUCCAGCGCCUCAUCGGGUACCGUCCCAGAAACAGCCACGCCUCACCUCGAUACAAAAGGUCCCCCACACAGAGGCCUCCCUUGCGCGCAAUGCUAGCGUCAAGGGCAAAGAGCCAGCUGGUGUCUCGCCAGGAGCAGGCAGCUUCCGAGACCGCGCAGCCGCACCAGCUGCACCUGCCGUACAACAGAUCCGUCGGAAGCCAGUCGAGCACCCCAUUGGAAGUCUUACGCCCCUUUCUGGGCUUGGCUUAGAGGAUGCGGGUAUCAACGACGCAUUCGGAGGGGCCGAGGUCAUCCGCUCUGAUAGCAGGACGCUUUCAAAGAAUGCCCCUCUGGUCCAACAGCCGACUAGACAUGGAAGCCAAAGAGACAGCAGAGGCAUCAGGGCUGCGCGAACGGAAAUGCAACAGCAGCAGCAGCAGCAGCAGCAGCAGCAGAUCGACCAGAAAGGGCUCCCUCAAAGCAACAGCCAAUUCCAAGUACACCCCUACGACUCUCCAGUGCCGCCAGUAGCUCGCAAGAGCGUUGGCUUCUCUGACGUCGACUCGGAGAUUCAUCCACAGGCACCGCAUGACUCUCAUCACGCUUCGCGCCAUCAAGGUCAUGAGCGGACUUAUGUCAAGCCGCCCAUGCUGGAAGAGUGGAGACAAGCGCCAAUCGCUACCCUCGUCUCCGAAGACCUUGACUUGAAUGCUCCUGCGAGCACACCCAGUACCGCGAACAACAAGACCUGGUGGGAAGAAAGCCAGGCUGGCCGGCGUCGGCGAUCAAGUACCUAUGUCGAGCCUACCUACGAUGGCUACGCCGAUGAACCCACGUCUCAGACGAGCUUCAACCCGCCACUCUACCUCAAGUGUGGACCACUGCUCCGCUACACUGGCCUCCGAAGAGACCAAAGUCGCGCAGGCAAGGAACGAGAGAUUUGGAGGGGCAGUGUCAUGAUCGUCACCACUGACUCAGAGUCAUCGUAUCAAAGACCACCGACUCUACGCUUGUUUAAGCAAGCAAUGGACGUCCUUCUGCCACCACCGCAAGAGCUGGAUGGCGACGAUCUCAACCCUGCUUACGUUGAUCCCGUUGAGGGACAGUUCAAGGUUUCGAGAACUGGCCAGACCAUGUACGUGAAACCAGUGGACGAAAUAGCGGAGAACGAGGACCUGUCGCGAGUCGAGGACGACACUGGUCUCUUCUCUUUCGUCCGCGGUACCAAUGGCACAGGUGUCAAGUCAUUGCGCAUCCACAAGAAGGACGGUGAAAAGCUUGGCAAGGUUCGCGAGAUCUCUGGCGUCCGCCUUCAUGCUGAGCGAGGGGUAACGUUCUGGCGCUUCAACCUCGAGGUCGAACUUGGCAGCACGCAGGCACGUGUUGCCUACAGGAUCAACAAUGGCCCUGCAAUCGGCUUUUGGGUGCCAGCCAAGGGCGAUUCCAUGAACAUCAUGUUCCACAGCUGCAACGGUUUCUCACUGAGCGUAGACUCGAAGGAGUUUUGCGGCCCAGAUCCAAUGUGGCGCGACGUGCUGAACUCACAUCAGAGCCGACCGUUUCACGUCAUGCUUGGUGGAGGCGAUCAGAUCUACAACGAUGCAGCUAUGAAGCAAACGACACUGUUCAGACAAUGGACUGAGAACAGAAACCCACUGGACAAGCACCACACACCAUUCUCUGAAGAGAUGCAGAACGAAUUGGAACAGUUCUAUCUGGACCGAUACUCGAUGUGGUUCUCGCAAGGCCUCUUCGGGAUGGCCAACUCCCAGAUUCCAAUGGUCAACAUCUGGGACGACCAUGAUAUUAUUGACGGUUACGGAUCUUACCCUCACCACUUCAUGCAGACGCCCGUCUUCACUGGUAUUGGUGCUGUAGCCUUCAAGUACUACAUGCUCUUCCAGCAUCAGUCUGUGCCCUCCGAGACCGAACAGACAGAGCCGUCGUGGGUGCUCGGCAAGAGUCCCGGCCCGUACAUCAAAGAGCGUUCUCGAAGCGUCUUCAUGCAUCUUGGCCAACAGCUAGCCUUCCUUGGUUUGGAUUGUCGAACGGAACGACAGCGUGACGAGAUCUUGACCGAGGACUCGUACGACAUCAUCUUCGAUCGUCUCGAGGACGAGAUCAUCAAAGGCAAGACCAAACAUCUAAUCGUUCUCCUAGGCGUGCCGAUUGCAUAUCCAAGGUUGAACUUCCUCGAGAAUCUCCUGACCAGCAGGAUGAUGGAUCCUAUCAAGGCUAUGGGUCGGGCCGGUCUGCUUGGUGGCUUUGUCAACAAAUUCGACGGCGGUGUUGAGAUCCUUGACGAUCUCGAUGAUCACUGGACGGCCAAGCACCACAAGGAAGAACGGAACUGGUUUAUCAAGGAGCUGCAGCACAUUGCAGAGACAAAGUCUGUCCGUGUCACCAUUCUCGGAGGUGAUGUGCAUCUCGGUGCUGUCGGCCAAUUCUACUCCAACAAAAAGCUCAAAAUACAAAAGGACAAGGAUGCCAGGUACAUGCCGAACGUCAUCUCGUCCGCCAUCGUCAACACGCCCCCGCCAGACAUGAUGGCCGAUAUCCUGAACAAGCGCAACAAGGUACAUCACCUCGACCCUAACACGGACGAAGACAUGAUUCCAAUCUUUACCCAUGACGUGGAUGGAAAGAAGAGAAACAACAACCACCUCCUCCCCCACCGGAACUGGUGCAGCAUUCGCGAAUACAAGCCUGGAUCCUCGCCACCGGGCACACCUGAGCCAGAAGGAAGGCCGCAGCCUGGUAGGAGGCUUUCAGACACUUUCAACCCUCGCCAGAUGGUCAGAAGGUUUAGUAGUGAUCAAGCGCGACGACCAAGCGCGCGAGGACGUGGCCCGCCUCUAUCGUACUACAACAACCCCCAGAACGCCACUGCCGAUGAACUCCAGACCAACGUCCACAAUCAGCCACAGUCUUCGUUCUCGCCGGACAGAUCUGAGAGUGAAAGACCUACUCGGUCUCGCCGUAAUUCACUGGCUUCGCUGUUCCGCCGUCGCGCUUCAGUUGACAGUGUAGAUCGCCGUGACUCUACACAAAGCCUGCCGCCAACACAGGCCCGCAACGAUGCCGCUUUUGAGCAUCCGUCCGAGUUCCGUCGUAGACCCAGCGUUCUGACGAAGAAGGGGCUGCAACAAAAGCAGAAGGGAGACUUUAUCAACAUCGAAGGCGGUCUUGAUAUUUGUCUGAAUAUGGAAGUUUCGCAGCACGACCCGGCUGGCAUCACAACACCCUACCGUCUUUUGGUACCUGCACUCAACUAUACAGCUCCCGAGCCUGGCAUGGUCGAGAAGAAGCCGCGGAAGGGAAGCUUCUUGGGCAUGUUCGGUGGAGGCAGGCACAAGAGAAGGACCAUUGGCGAUGAUGGCUACUCACAAAGUGGCAGUGAGAGCGGAAGCGGCAGCGAUCUGGGAGAGCUGUCCGAAGACGAUGAGGAAGAGCGUGCUCGCCAAAGGUACAAAGUCGGGCCCAGGAUUCUGAUCCCUAGCUUUGGGUCCCGGAACAAGCGUACCACUUCCGCGGACCAAGCUCCUCCACCUGACAAUCGAAUGAGUUCAGGCUUCCAUGCUAAUGAAGCUUUGGCAGGCCAAGCACACACGGACAGUUCGCGCGACAGGGUGGCAGAUCGAAGACAAAGCGUCGACAUUGGACCCACCGACCAUGGCCGUAGUGGCUCAGCAUGGGAGUCCGUUGGAGGACGAAGACACAGUAGCGCUCCUCGACCUCAGCCUGCACCCCAGACUGCAGCACUACCGCCGAUGCGUUCUGGCUCCCUACGCAAGACGCCUACACACAACUCUUCACACAGGUCACAACUGCCUGACCCCCAAUCUCCCGAGAUACACAGACGUUCCAUGGGUGGCAUUCUCAACCAAGACGGCAGCGAGAAGUCCGAGCACGACGACGCCCACACCCUUGCUCACACGCCUUCAAAGUCGAAACGCGACUCACACAAACGCAAGUCCUACCCACCACACCCCGCCAUCGUAGGUGCUGGUCCGGACUCACCCUACAACUAUCGAGGUGGCAUGCAAGCCCGAGACGACACCACAGGAGGCGACUACUUCAGCAGCGGCGGUCGUCAACCGCGAACCACCAGUCAAGUCCGACCUGUAUCCAAUGGCCACUACGCACCUCCAGCACCUGAGCGUGCAGCACCAGCACCUGCACCUGCACCCGAGAGAGCUGUAUACACUGAGCGGGGCGGAUAUGAUCGCACCUCCUACCCUGCGUACCCCAACCGUAACGGCAACGCCGGUGUUGGGGCAAGAUAUCUCGGCGAUGGACGGUACGAGGACGAUGAGUACGAUAGCCUCGAUGACGAAGAGAGGAGUUAUAGUGGUGGGGAACAGGAGAUAAGCCAGGAGAGCUUCGUGCCGCCGAAGCCGAAGAAGAAGUGGCAGAUUUGGCGAUAGGUUGGGCGUUGUAAUGGAUUUGGAUAUGUGAGUUGGACUGAAGUUGGUUUCUAUUCUUACGAUUAAUGAUGACACGACGAAUGAUGGGUUCGGAAGAGAAGUAGUACAUAAUAGUGGUUUUAGCGUUGUG